GACGCGGCGUAAGCGCUUCAUCCAUUCGGAUCAUAUACGUGUCUGUCUCUUUUCGCCCGAACCGAGGAUCGGAGAGGAUAGACUGGAGCCAUGCCACCAAAAACCAACACCAAACAGCAGUCGGAAGAGGAUCUUCUCCUGCAGGACUUUAGCAGGAAUCUCUCGGCGAAAUCCACGGCGCUUUUCUACGGCAAUGCUCUCAUUGUGUCAGCGAUUCCCAUCUGGCUGUUCUGGAGGAUCUGGCAUAUGGAUUUGGUCCAGUCCGCAGUGCUGUAUGCCGUCAUGACCCUAGUCAGCACAUACCUGGUUGCCUUUGCUUACAAGAAUGUCAAAUUUGUCCUAAAGCACAAGGUGGCUCAGAAACGUGAAGAUGCUGUGUCCAAGGAAGUGACUCGCAAGCUUUCCGAGGCCGACAACCGCAAAAUGUCCCGCAAAGAGAAGGACGAGAGGAUCCUUUGGAAAAAGAACGAAGUCGCCGAUUAUGAGGCCACAACCUUCUCCAUCUUUUACAACAACACCCUGUUCCUCUUGCUGGUCAUCGUUGCCUCGUUCUUCUUGCUGAAGAACUUCAAUCCAACAGUGAACUACAUUCUGUCCAUUAGCGCCUCUUCAGGUCUGAUUGCCCUGCUAUCCACAGGCUCUAAAUAAAGAGACCGAUCACAUAAGGAUGAGAAGAUGAGGAACAAACAGAUAGGGGGAUUGUGGGAUUGGGAGGGAUGGUAAAGAGUAAAAGGAGGUUUGUUAUCUUUUGUGUGUAUGGGGCGUUAUCGUUUCAUGUCAUCUGUUAAACUUUCAUGAAAUUCAUGAUCGGUAAAUGCUGAACGGCCAUUUUUGUAUGUCUGGUCUUCUCUUUGUUUUGUAUCAAUAAAAGACCGUUUAUUCAA